AGAUUCUCCGUGAAAGAAUGACCCUCGUCGGUUCGGUGGCGACAGUUAAGACCUUACUUCAUAGGAUCAUUUCUAUAGUAAGCUCUUCUCGAGACUUUCACACUAUGUGAGUCCUCACCAGUCACGUUGAUGAGAUGUGGCGCGGUGCCCUGAGCGUGAGGCGGGCGGUGGUAGACCUACCAUCAGCCCUCGAUGAUCGUUCGCUUCCCUUCACGGGGAAGAGUGGGGUACUGUCGCUGUCUGAGUGGCUGUUUUUAAACCCUUUUAAAAUUCUAAAAUCACUUGUAAUCUGCUCAAACUAGUCAUGAUACUUUCAUUAUUAUUUUCUCCGAUAGUUCCGUAGAAGUCUCAAAUUUUCACACCUGUACUUUUUCCAGAUAAACUUCCAAACUCCAGUGAUAGACCUUUCAACAAUAUAUGGAGUAGAUGCGUAUGGACUGUCUAAAGUAAGAACAUAUCACCACGGCCUUUUGAUACUCGAGAACAGAAGUAACCGCUACGUGCCAGCAAACAUAACAUACAACAAGACUUACGUAUCAGCUGAAAUGUUACAAGAUAUGAAAAACAAUAUCAUUUCAAACAUAAAAGACGAUAUGAUGAUUAAACUAACAAUGACGAUGAUAAAUAAAAACUAUACUGUAGCUAAUAUGACGACCGAUUUGUUGGCCAACUUGUCGUCGGACAUGUUGGGCAGCAUGGCUCCUAAUAUGCCUAACAUGAUGCCUGAAAUCAUGCCUGAUAAUUACAAUGACAAGAUGCUAGAUUUGAUGCCAAACAUAAUGUCUAAUUUUACAAAGCAGAUGAACAUGAGUAGUCAGAUGUUGGUUAAUAUGACCGCUGACGUACUUGUGGACACCAUUGCAAAUAUAUUGGCCAAUUCAAUGGUCGACAUGGUAUCUAAUAUGGUGACAAAUCUCAUACCUAAUGCGACAGAGCAAGUAUGUUUACAGAACAAUGAUACUGAGACUUUAUGUUAUAAAUUCGGAUUCCCAGAAGUCGGUAAUUACGACCUUCGAACGACGGCUUUAACGAUAUUCUUUAUGAGAGAACACAAUAGAUUAGCUCGAGCUCUUCACAAAAUAAAUCCUUGUUGGAAAGACGACCGACUGUUCAAAGUAGCACGGCAGAUCAACAUUGCAACGGCUUCUAACAUCUUCAUGUAUGAGUUGCUACCUGCUUUAUUAGGUAAGGCUCAGGCUUAA